AUGGGGCUGUUGUCUAGAAAAGCCACGUGCAACUCUCAUGGCCAAGAUUCCUCCUACUUCCUGGGCUGGGAGGAAUACGAGAAGAAUCCCUACGACGAGAUUCGAAAUCCUGGAGGGAUUAUUCAGAUGGGUCUUGCAGAGAAUCAGCUAUGUUUUGACUUGCUCGAGAAAUGGCUGGAGGAGAACCCGGACGCGGCUGGCUUCAAGAGAGACGGCAAGUCAAUUUUCAGAGAACUCGCCCUCUUCCAAGACUACAACGGCCUCCCCGCAUUCAAAAAGGCAUUGGCAGAAUUCAUGUCGGAAAUCCGAGGGAACAAAGUAAGGUUCGAUCCCAACCACAUAGUCCUCACUGCCGGCGCCACGUCAGCCAACGAGACUCUUAUGUUCUGCUUGGCCGAACCUGACGAUGCAUUCCUCCUGCCUACCCCAUACUAUCCAGGAUUCGAUAGAGAUUUGAAAUGGAGGACUGGGAUCGAGAUCGUGCCGAUCCACUGCUCGAGCGACAACGGGUUCCGAAUCACGGAGGCGGCGCUGUUACAGGCCUACCAAAACGCGCAGGAUCGGCAUCUGAAGGUGAAAGGCGUGCUCGUAACGAACCCGUCAAAUCCGCUGGGGACCACAAUCAGCAGGCAAGAAUUAAGCCUUUUACUCCGCUUCGUCGCGACAAAAGACCUCCAUCUAAUCAGCGACGAGAUCUACUCGGGCACCGUUUUUGGCUCCCCCGGCUUCGUGAGCGCGAUGGAAGUACUGAACCAAAAGUACAAAAACGACGCCCAAGUCCGGAAGCGAGUUCACAUAGUUUACAGCCUGUCCAAAGACCUCGGCCUUCCGGGGUUCCGCGUGGGGGCCAUUUACUCAAACGACGAAGUAGUGGUGGCCGCCGCGACGAAGAUGUCGAGCUUCGGGCUGGUGUCGUCGCAGACGCAGUACCUGCUGUCGGCGAUGCUUUCGGACGAGAAGUUCAGGGGGAGUUACAUUAGGGAGAAUCAGAGGAGGCUGUUGAGAAGGCAGAGGAUGCUGGUGAGUGGGCUGGAGAAGGGCGGGAUAAAGUGCCACAAAGGGAAUGCGGGGCUGUUCUGUUGGGUGGACAUGAGGCAUUUGUUGGGGGAGCAGACGUUUGAGGCCGAGAUGGAGCUGUGGAGGAAGAUUGUGUUCGAGGUUGGGCUCAACGUGUCGCCCGGACAGUCGUGCCAUUGCUCGGAGCCGGGGUGGUUCCGCGUCUGCUUCGCCAACAUGUCGGAAGCCACGCUGGAAGUGGCCAUGCGCCGGUUGAAGGACUUCUUCGUCGCCACCAAAACAAACGCCAACGUUAGGAAGUCGGUAGUUAAAUGGGUUUUUCGGUUAUCGGUUCAGGAUCGCACCGGCGAGCCACGUCACCGAUAGCCUGGCAAUCUGCAAACAAACAUUUUACACCCAUUUAUUUUUACCUCUUCCUGUGUUUUU